CGAACGGUUGGUGGAGACACACAUAUCGUGCGUUGUGCAGGGAACACAAUUGAGUGGAAAAACAAUUGAGUGCCGGGUUGUGAUUACUAUUAAGCAUAGAAGGGCCGUGAACGAUGGCGACGAGCAACUGGGAGAAGUUUGUGCUUCUCCUGUGGAAGAACUGGAUCCUGCAGAAGCGACACUACAUCCAGACCCUGUUCGAGGUGCUGAUACCGGUGCUGUGCUGCUCGAUACUGUUGCUCGUCCGGGGACUGGUCGACCCGGAAUAUGUCGACAAAAAUACCGUCUUUCGACCACUGGAAACCGAUCGGUUGCCCAGCUUUGCGAAUGUUUCGAAGCAACCGAUUUACACGCUGGCCUACUCCCCACGUAACGAUGUGCUGGAACAGAUUGUCCUGCAGGCAGUGGAUUCACUGAACGCAAACGAUCCCCUGGCACGGUUAACUCACAUCUCGUACCCGGACGCACAAACCAUGGAAGCAGCACUGGUUGAAUCGUCCUAUCUGGCCGGUGUGGAGUUUGACGAUAGCUUAGCCAGUCUGGUGACCGGUGACCGCCUACCGGAUGCUAUUAACUUUGCCCUUCGCUUUCCGGGAGAGUUACGGCGUGAUGAAAAUCAAUUCUCGAACUGGGUAACGAACCUGCUGGUCGUACCGUUCUCGCCGCGACUUCGCAACCCUGAUGAUAAUGAUGGUGGAUCACCGAGUUACUACGAGGAGGGUUUCCUCGCCAUACAGGGCGCUAUAUCACGGGCGCUCAUCAGACGGCAGGUCGGCGGUAUCGAGCUACCGACGGUACAGAUACAGCGCUACUCCUAUCCACCUUACUAUGACGAUGCGAUCCUCGAAGCACUCCAGCAGCUGCUCGCCCUCAUCAUCAUCAUCUCGUUCCUGUAUACGUUCGUCAAUACGGUCAAGUACAUUACGAUUGAGAAGGAAACUCAGCUAAAGGAAGCGAUGAAAAUUAUGGGACUCUCGAACUGGCUCCACUGGUCCGCGUGGUUCGUCAAGUGUCUUAUCUUGCUAACCAUCGCAUCUUCCCUGAUAACGCUGCUGCUAUGCGUUCCGUUCAGCAGUGCGGCCAUCUUCGAGAACUCCAGCUGGACGCUGGUUUGGCUAUUUUUCUUCGUCUACAGCAUCUCGACGAUCUGCUUCGCCUUCAUGAUCAGUGUGUUCUUUAGCAAAGCGAACACGGCGGCCGGUAUCGCCGGUUUGCUGUGGUUCGUUUCACAGCUUCCGUUUAACGUAAGCCAACAGAACUACGACGAUAUGGGCACGGGUGCCAAGAUUGGAAUGUCGCUGCUCUCCAACUCGGGCAUGUCGUUGGCCAUGUUUUUAACGGUGAGACUGGAAGCUACCGCUGUUGGCCUGCGAUGGUCGAACCUAUUCGAACCCGUGACCAUCGAUGAUGGUUUCAACGUGGGACUGGUGCUUAUCAUGCUACUGGUUGAUGCAGCUAUCUACAUGCUGAUCGCUUUGUACGUGGAACAGGUGAUGCCAGGACAGUACGGUGUAGCCCAACCAUGGUACUUCCCUUUUACGAAAGAGUUUUGGAUUCGGAACCGUGCUCCAUCGAGGGAUACGCUCAUUCACGCGUACGGUACAGACCAAUCCGGCUCUAGCUCACGCUACAUCGAGCAGGAUCCGAUCGGUUACGCCGGAGUAGAGAUCAAGCAGCUGCGCAAAGUGUAUAAAGGCAAUAAGGCCGCCGUCGAUGGUUUGAAUCUACGGAUGUAUGAGAACCAGAUCUCGGUGCUACUCGGACACAAUGGUGCAGGCAAAACGACGACCAUGUCGAUGUUGACGGGCGUUUAUUCACCAACGUCCGGUACGGCGCUCAUCAAUGGAUACGACAUUCGUACCGACAUUGAUGGUGUCCGUUCAUCGCUUGGACUCUGUCCGCAGCAUAACGUUCUCUUUCACGAGAUGACCGUCGAGGAGCAUUUGAAGUUCUUCUCGCGGCUCAAAGGUGUUCCGCAUAGUGGAGUCGCCGAUGAGAUCGAUCGGUAUCUGAAACUGCUCGAGCUCACCGACAAACGAAAUGCACAAUCGCACACCCUAUCCGGUGGUAUGAAGCGUAAACUUGCCGUUGGAAUGGCCCUCUGUGGUGGUUCGAAGGUAGUGCUGCUCGAUGAACCGACCUCCGGUAUGGAUCCAUCGGCACGGCGUGCACUGUGGAACUUGCUGCAACGCGAGAAACAGAACCGGACGAUGCUACUGUCGACCCAUUUCAUGGAUGAAGCGGAUGUGCUCGGUGAUCGUAUCGCGAUCAUGGCCGAGGGUAAACUGAAAGCCGUCGGAUCGCCCUUCUUCUUGAAGAAAUCGUUCGGCGUUGGUUAUCGGUUGAUCUGUGUGAAGGAUUCGGUGCGAUGUGAUAAGGAGCGUUUGCUGGGUAUUCUACGGCGUUACAUACCGGAUGUUACGAUUGAUACGGAUAUUGGAUCGGAACUAUCGUUCAUCCUGAAGGAAGACUAUCUAGAUGUGUUCCAGCGAUUACUGGAAGACAUCGAGCAGCAGAUGACUAGCUGUGGCAUCACGAGCUACGGUAUCUCUCUGACCACGAUGGAGGAAGUUUUCUUGAAAGCUGGUAGUGAUAGCUUCGAUGAAACCGGCAACCACACCACUAAUGGAUCCGUUAUUGAGACCACGAAUCGGGAAUACUCCCUGGAUAACCUGCAGCUACUGACGGGCAAGGAGCUGUACAAGAACCAGAUAUGGGCACAGAUUCUCAAAAAGUAUCUUUCGACCAUUCGCGCCUGGAAGCAGCUGCUGAUGAUGUUCCUUAUACCGAUCUUCUUUGUGGCCAUCACGUUCAUCAUCACUCGAAGCAUAUCGGCCGGAGUGGACCUUCCUUCGCUUGACAUUACGAUGGACUCGUACCAAAAGGCAAUAACCGUGCUGGAACAUUCAAGUGGUGAAACGGCACGAGUUGAGGCAUAUCAGAGGAUGUUUGAAGUGCGUCAAGCCGAACUCAUAAAUACCGACGAAGAUAUGACGGAAUACAUCGUGCGCAAGUCCAAGGAAGACAUAUCUACCGUCAACACGCAGUACUUUGUUGGUGCUACCAUUACCAGCGGGCUACCGUACAUUGGAUGGUUCAACAAUAAGGCCUUCCACACGGCACCACUAGCUCUGAGUCUUCUCUUCAACGCUAUUCUGCAGUCGGGCUGCCCCCAGUGUGAGAUCACCGUCGUCAACAAGCCGUUGCCUUAUCGUCUGGAGACUCGGCUCAAGAAGCUGAACACAGGCCUGAACACGGGCUUCCAGCUAGCGUUCAACACUGGCUUUGCGAUGGCAUUCGUGGCUGCCCUGUACAUCAUGUUCUACAUCAAGGAGCGAACAUCGCGCGCCAAAUUGCUGCAGUUUGUCAGUGGCACUAACGUCACUCUGUUCUGGUGUCUGGCUUUCCUGUGGGACUACGUGCUGUUCGUAUUGAACAGCUUGGUGUACAUCGCCACCGUGGCCAUCUUCCAGGAGGAUGGUUGGUCAACGUUUGAGGAGCUUGGACGUGCUUUUCUGCUGUUGCUGUUCUUCGGCUUCGCAUCGCUACCAGUAACCUAUCUGUUCUCCUUCAUUUUCAACGUAUCGGCUACCGGGUUCGUUCGGAUGAUGUUCGUCAAUGUGCUGUCUGGUGCGAUAUUCUUCACAACGGUCAACAUCCUGAAGUUUGAUGGUAUUGAUCUGAACGAUGUGGCCGAAGGACUCGAGUGGGUCUUUAUGUUUUUCCCCAACUUUGUGCUCAGCCAUGGGUUGAAUAAUCUCAACCAGGCCUCGAGCACGAUCUCGUUCUGUACGCGCACCUGCGAACAGCUCUUUGGCAAGUGCAGCGAGGAGCAACUGUGCCAGUUCGAUCUCCGCUGCUGUGAUCUGAGCUUGUUUUCCUUCGGUAAACUCGGCAUCAUCCGUAACCUUCUCUUCUGUCUGCUCAUCGGAUGCGUCAGCUUUGCGCUACUGUUCGGCUUGGAGUAUGGCGUGGUCCAGCGGUUAUUCCGCAGGAAACAAUCUGCACCAAUGAGUUCGACCAAGCCGGAUCACCCUGAAGCCAUCUCGGACAUGGAUUCGGAUGUACUGGAGGAGAAGCGCCGUAUACAGAAUCUCAGCCGUUCGGGCAUCGAUGGCCAUAAUCUGCUGCUGCGUGAUGUGAGCAAGUACUAUGGCAACUUCCAGGCCGUCAACAAGCUAUCGAUCGGCAUAAACCACUCGGAGUGCUUCGGAUUGCUCGGUAUCAAUGGAGCCGGUAAGACGACAACGUUUAAGAUGAUGACCGGUGACGAGGAGAUCUCAUCUGGAGAUGGUUGGGUGCGUGGAAUCAAUCUGCGCACGGACAUGAACCGGGUACACCGACAAAUCGGUUACUGUCCACAGUUUGAUGCACUACUCGAGGAUCUUACGGGUCGAGAAACGUUGCGAAUUUUUGCGCUACUGCGUGGAGUGCGCAGCGAGGAAAUCAAAAACGUCUCCUACAUUCUGGCCGAAGAGCUGAACUUCACUAAGCACCUGGACAAACGCACCAAGGCGUACAGUGGCGGUAACAAGCGGAAGCUUAGCACAGCUCUCGCACUGAUGGGCAACCCAUCGGUGGUUUAUCUCGAUGAACCGACGACCGGUAUGGAUCCGGGAGCGAAGCGUCAAUUCUGGGACGUUAUCUGCAAAGUGCGUAGCACAGGCAAAUCGAUCGUGCUGACCUCGCACAGUAUGGAGGAGUGUGAGGCCCUCUGCACCCGGCUGGCCAUCAUGGUGAACGGAGAGUUUAAGUGUCUCGGUUCGACGCAACAUCUGAAGAACAAAUUCUCCAAAGGAUUCCUGCUGACGGUGAAGGUAACACGCAGCACGGCGGAAGCGCAACAAAAGCGAGUCACAGGAGUCAAGGACUUUGUCACGAAUCGGUUCGCUGGUGCCAUCUUGAAAGAGGAGUAUGAGGAUUCACUUAGCUUCCACAUCCCCGUGACGGAUCUGAAGUGGUCCCAGAUGUUCGGGCUGAUGGAGAGCCACAAACAGGAGCUAGAAAUCGACGACUACGCGCUCGGUCAGACCUCGCUCGAGCAGGUGUUCCUAUUUUUCACCAAAUAUCAGCGCGUUACUGAUGAUUAGACAGUAUAGGUCUCUUAGUGUAAUGAGCAUCUCACUGCUGAAAGGUCACAUACCGAAAUGACUUUGUAGAUAAGUUAAUUUCUUGUAGUUAAC